AUGGUGUUCCAAGCCAAACGUUUCCGCCCCUCCAACUCCUUCGGCUCAACCCUCAGUGAACGCCUGGGUGCCAAAUACCGCGCAAACCUCUCCAAACACCCCUUUCUCCUCUUCGGCCUCCCAUUCAUUAGCGUCAUUAUUGCAGGUUCUUUCGUCCUCACCCCAGCAACUGCAAUGCGGUACGAACGGUUCGAUCGGAAGGUGCAGCAAGUGAGCCAGGAGGAGGCUAUGGGGCUUGGUCUCAAGGGCCCGGAAGGCGAUGACGGGGUGCAGAUUAAAAGGAAUCCACGGCGGAGGAUAUUGGGGAGUGAGAAGGAGGAAUAUUAUAAACUCAUGGCCAAGGAUCUGGAUAACUGGGAACAGAAACGAGUUAAGCGAUUCAAGGGAGAACCGGAUGGCAGAUUAUAA